AGCAGGACGGCGCAGCACGGUGCGGUGCAGCUCCGGCUCCCCUUCCCCCCCCUUGCUGGGCGAGAGGUGUCUAUGGGGCGUCCGCUGCCGCCGCCGCUCCCGCCACCGCCGCUGGGUGCUGUCUCUAUGGCGAGGAGGAGGAGGAGAAGCGCGAGCUCAGUGACACAAGUAUACAAAUAAAGGAUAAAGUAUUUUAUGAAACAGAAUCUUCAAUCAAGUAUAACAUUUUGAUGCUUGGCAGCUAGACUCCUUGUGCCCUCACUAUGCCAGCAGCAACGGUAGAUCAUAGCCAAAGAAUCUGUGAAGUUUGGGCUUGUAACCUGGAUGAAGAGAUGAAGAAAAUUCGUCAGGUUAUUCGAAAAUAUAAUUACGUUGCUAUGGACACCGAGUUCCCAGGUGUGGUUGCAAGACCCAUUGGAGAGUUCAGGAGCAAUGCCGACUAUCAGUACCAACUACUGCGAUGUAAUGUAGACCUGUUAAAGAUAAUUCAGCUGGGACUGACAUUUAUGAAUGAGCAAGGGGAAUACCCUCCAGGAACUUCAACUUGGCAGUUUAAUUUUAAAUUUAAUUUGACGGAAGACAUGUAUGCCCAAGACUCUAUAGAGCUACUAACAACAUCUGGUAUCCAGUUUAAAAAGCAUGAAGAGGAAGGAAUUGAGACCCAGUACUUUGCAGAACUCCUCAUGACUUCGGGAGUGGUCCUCUGUGAAGGGGUCAAAUGGUUAUCAUUUCAUAGUGGUUAUGACUUUGGCUACUUAAUCAAAAUCCUGACCAACUCUAACUUGCCUGAAGAAGAACUUGACUUCUUUGAGAUCCUUCGAUUGUUUUUUCCUGUCAUUUAUGAUGUGAAGUACCUCAUGAAGAGCUGCAAAAAUCUCAAAGGUGGUUUACAGGAAGUUGCUGAACAGUUAGAGCUGGAACGGAUAGGACCGCAGCAUCAGGCAGGAUCUGAUUCAUUGCUCACAGGAAUGGCCUUUUUCAAAAUGAGAGAAAUGUUCUUUGAAGAUCAUAUUGAUGAUGCCAAAUAUUGUGGCCAUUUGUAUGGCCUCGGUUCUGGUUCAUCCUAUGUACAGAAUGGCACAGGGAAUGCAUAUGAAGAGGAAGCCAACAAGCAGUCAUGACAUGAAAGAUAGUCCUUUUAUUUUUAUUUUAUUUGGGCUGCACACAUGCUUGUAUAUAGGUUUUAUCUCUGGUUGAAUCUCUUGAACAACAGACAGUACUUUUUUUCCUUUCAUAUCCCAUUUUAUUUUUUGUCUUUCAGUACUAAGUAUGACCAUCCUAUUUCAGAGCUCAACUAGAAAAGCAUUCAGGUUAAAUUUGGCCUUAAUAUACUUGUUCGCAGGCGUGUGUGACAGAGUGGGAAAGCUGCAUCAUAUAAACUUGACCGACUUGAGCUUGGCUUGUGUUUCCCCUUUUCUAAAUUAACUAGCACUGACUGUAAUUUAUUUCCCUGUUUCAUGUGUCCCUUCCAUUCUGUAAGAGUUUUAGCUAUUUGAGAUUGUGGACCAUCAACUUUGCACUUUAGAGAGUGAUUCUGACUCAGAUCCUCUGUUUUAGCAGAAAAUUUUCUUGCUCUUAGCUGGAAAAAUGGCCAUCUGCCAAUUUACAAAGUAUUUACUUGUUUUUGACCCGUGAAAUACAGCACAUGCAUUGUGCAAAUGGGUGACUCUACAAGACUACAAAAAAAAAGACAAAAAAAAUGACUGAGGAGCUUAACCACUGCUGUUUCUGUACGUAGUGUUUAAUCUUCCGAGCACAUCCAGCGUGUGUCAGUGUGUCACGCGCACGUGCGGCUGCUCUGAGACUGGAGAGCUUGUCAGACCCGCUCUCCACCCUUCAGGAACACCCCUCGUUUGUGAUCGGAUGUUUAUGGUCUGCCAGGAAACUGGUCUCCCGAGAUGUUGAAGCUGCAGUUUUAUGAUAGUAUACUUCCCUUAUCUGCUUCUUCUUCUUCCAUCAGUGUUCACCCUUAUUUUAAAUUUUUAAAAAUUUUAUAGCCAUACUUACGAGCUCUUGUUGUUGAGUCCACAAAUCAAUUUCAUUAAAGUCCAAAGAUAGCAAAUCUUUAGGUAUAUUUUGUACCAAAUUAAAUUAGGAGACAAAAAAUCGUGCUUGCAUAGUUGUUACAAAGAUAAAGAAUGGAGAGAUUUGGUGCACAACAAUAAAAUACAAAAAUAUAUGUGUUAGCUGGUGUAUGUUGAUAUAAUAUACACACAGCUACUAUAUAGAUAUUAAAAUUACCUGAGGAGUGUAAUGUUUGUUUAUUUUUUGUGUAUAUCUUUGCAAUCUAUUUUAUAUAUAUUGACAAAAGAGACUGUGAAAUAUUUAGCCAUACAGAGUAUGUGACUAGACCAGAGCAUGUGUAGGAAGACAUUUUGGAAAUCAUUAAUUCUACCCGGAAAUUAUGGACUAGAAGUUAUGAUGUAUGUUCUCUGCACUUCAAUCAGUAAUAUUAGCAAAUCUCCAAAUGUUAGAUUGGUUUGUUCUUGUACAUUCGUUAUUCAUGAUGUUACAGUGCUGUAACUGGGUGGUCCUUUUUAAACAAAACAUUAUUUGCAAAACAGAGGGUAUUAUUUGUUUUUAAAGCUUUUGUAAAUAAAGGCUUCAGAAAUGUUUUCAUAUAUAUGUUGAUGACUGGUAAUUUUGUUUUGGAAAUAUUUAUUUGGAGGAUUUUUUUUUAAAGGUUUGGGCAACUGAACAGAACUCAGUAGCUUCAUUAUCACUAAUUACUGAAAAAUCAGUGUGAGCCUUCUGCAUUUCAACGCUGUUGGCUUAUUCUUCAUGAAUACCUCACCUGGGUGUUAACUGAUUUGUCUCUCCAGGGAUGCAUUUAUUCUGAAAGAUUUGCCAAGUAAAUGCACUUGGAGUAACUUAAUGUGGCUUCUUUUUAAAGCUGAUGCAAUAUAGCAGAUGUGUAAUUGGUGUCCUUUUAUUUGGAUCAUCACCUCAAAAAAUGAUAAAAGAUUGCCUUUUGAAUAGACACAUAGUUGCUGAAUUUCAUAGUCUGUAUCAAUUUCGGUUUCUGUCUGUAAGCAAUAUAAUAUUUUAUAACUUCAAUGGUAAGAGGAACAUUAUAACCUUUACUCAAUCUGGCUUGUGGAUAAGACCCUGGGCUGAACCUUUUUAGUGUCCUAAGCCGUUAACUCUGGGCUCACCAUUCUCUGAAAUCUGCUAGAGCAAGGCCUGCAGGCCCAAACCAGCCUAAUGCCUGUUUGUGUGGCCAGUUGGCGAGAAUGUUUUUUUACUGUUUUAAAAUUGUUGGGAAGAAAAUAUUUUACGAUGUGAAAAGUAUAUUUACAUUUUAGUGCCCCCAAGUUCAGUUGCAAUAUAGCCCCUCUCACUCACGGGCUGUGUCCACGGGCCGCAGCGUGGUGGGGAAGCAGAGCAGCUGCUGCGGAAACUGCCUGUGGCCGUCCCUUCGUUUCCCAUUUUCCCGUGGUAUGCUCCCAAACCGGUGACAUGGGCACAGGACCUGACAGCGUCUGGGGUGUGCCACAGUAUUUUUCUGUUACCGAUUCAUACCCGUUGUGUCUUAAGCGCACUUUGAAUGGUGUGCUGUUGAGGCACAUUGAAGUAUGCAUUAUCUAAUCAAAUGAUACGCUAAAAAACCCACAUCGAAUGUUGACAUAACCGGGCCAAAGUGUCAUCACGAUAUUGCCAACUCAUGGGAAAGCAGCAAUUAAGAGAACUAUAAAUUUUAAAAUGGAGUAACUCGUCACAGCAUUGCUUCACAAUAACAAAAAAUGGAAAUGCAGCUGCCAUCAGAGGACACUUGCGAGGGGCCCGUCAGGUGGCCGAGCAAAGGUGCUCGCUGAUGCCGAGGCACCCAGGUUUCUUCAGGGUGGUGGCCCAGAGAAAGGUGUCUAGAGGAGACUUCAGCCUUUCGGUGAGAACAGCUGCUGGAAGAGAGAGGCCAUUGUUCACAACAUCAGCAGGCAGUUCUAAAACCAGACAAAUGCUUUUGAGUGUUUUUCUCUGGCCCCUGAUGAGUCAGUACUGUCCAGCUCUUAUCUGAGAAACCAGCACCUAGUUUGAAGAGACUGAAGAAUCGGUUUCCAUUGUACUAAUGGUCUUUGUGGAAUGACGACAGGUGCGCAUGUUUUCAAGAAGUUGAGGAGCUGGCCAGUCAGUACGGCCGGAAGCGGAAUCCACCGAGAUGCUGCGCCUGACGGUGGUAAACACGCACAGAGCAGAAAACAGCUGGUCCCGUGUAAACACUCGUGACAGUGUACUGAAGGUGUAUGGGCUUGGUAGGCCCCCAUUUCACUCUGUCAUACUCCUUUGUUUUGUUUUCUUCUGAACAGCAAUUAACAUUUUCAUUGUUAGCUGGUGUCUUACUACUGCAAAGAUCAUGUAGAAAGUCAAUAAAGUCAUGAUUCAGCUCUA